UUUUCAAAUAUUUAUAACAGUUUUACGAAUUUUUUCAGCUUUUUCGUAGCGAAUUGUUGUGUUUUUAUAAAUACAAAAGUUCAGCUUUAUUCAAGUUGUAAAUGUUGGUUAUGUGUUUAUAAGUUUCAUAACAAAUAGUGUGAAGUAUAAGUUCAACUUCAAAUAAGUUAAUCAACACUUUAACAUUAAAAUAUAAAGAAAACUGAAGUUUUAGAUAAAUUUCUAAAAAAGUUCCACAUAGAAUUCUUAUCAUGACAUCAAGAAAGCGAUCACAUGAAGCUUCGAAAACUGAAACGCCAAAUAAUGGAUUAAGCUCUUCACUUGAAGAGGUGAAUGUUGUAAUUAACGGAAGCAACAGUUCGAUAGAUCACAGUUAUCAAGAUAACGACACGAAAUCGGAUCAAUAUUACAUUAGAUAUCCCAUAAAUCGGCCUACAAUGGCUCCGAAUAACAUUGUUCCGAAUAUUUCUUUAAAAGAUGUCCCAUUAGGAAAUGAUGUUACAAUUUGCAAACCUGCUCCGUACUCGACUGAUCCUGAAGCAAUAGCUGAACGUGAAGCAUGCGAUUAUUCGCAACGAAUUAAUGUGGAUAUGGCGAGAAAUGGAAAUUGUCCACGAAAAGUUCGUGUUUAUACUGAUGGUAUUUAUGAUCUUUUCCAUCAAGGACAUGCCCGUCAAAUGAUGCAAGCCAAGAAUGUUUUCCCAAAUUCACAAGUUUAUCUCAUCAUCGGUUGCUGCAGUGAUGAAUUGACUCAUUCACUAAAAGGACGAACGGUCAUGACUGAUGUGGAACGUUAUGAAGCUAUUAGACAUUGUCGUUAUGUCGAUGAGAUUAUUCGAGAUGCUCCAUGGAAGAUAAGCGAUGAAUUCAUGGAGAAAUACAAAAUAGAUUUCGUUGCUCAAGAUUCGACGCCUUAUGUUAGUAAUGGUUGCGAUGACGUCUACAAAGAGAUUAAAGAGAAAGGAUGUUUCGUUGCAACCGAAAGGACUGAAGGUGUUUCGACAUCUGGAAUUGUCGCCAGAAUUGUUAAAGAUUACGACUUGUAUGUACGAAGAAACCUCCAACGUGGAUAUACAGCCAAAGAACUCAACGUUUCGUUCUUGAAUGAGAAGAAGUUCCGACUUCAGAAUAAAAUUGAUGAAAUGAAGCAUAAAGGAAAGAAGGUCAUCGAUGAUGUCAAAGGAGAUUUUAUUCAAAAGUGGGAAGAGAAAUCAAAUGAAUUUAUCAGAACAUUCUUGAUGCUCUUCGGGCGAGACAACUUGAGUCAAAUUUGGGAUAAAUCGAAAGGAAGAAUUAAAGAUGCUCUUCAUCCAAGGAGCCCAACUCGUGGAAUGAGUCCGUCAUUAUCUGAGGAAGAUCACUACGAUAAUCAGCGUGACCAGAGACAUGAUUCACCACCAGCUAAACGUGCACAUCAUUUAUCGUUGACAUCAGACGAUGAUGAGGAUGAAGAAUUUUUAUCACCAACAGCAACAACAUUUCCAUCACUGGGCUUCACUAGAUCCAUCCGAGAUGGACAUUGAAGAUGCUCGCUAGUGAUCUGUUGAAUUUUAAAAAUCUAGAAUAUCUUUCAAAUAGUUGAAAACAUGAAUGAUACUGUACUGUUCGUAGAUUUCCUAGCUGAUUUAAUUUGAUUUCUGUCGUGUUCUAGCAAUUAAAAUUUUUAUAUUUUCUUAAAAGAAGUUGAAGCAGAAUGCUUAAAAAAAGAUAACUUGCGGCGAAUUUUCAAAUUAGGUUUUCUAAUGAUUUAGACGACAAAUGAGAAGACAAAUCUCUUUAGUGUAAAUUAUAUUACCAAUCACUUAUCGCUUAUUGUAACUGUUAAGUUCACUUAUAAAUUCCUUAACCAUAUUAUCUGAGUCACUAGAAAAUGAAGAAAAAAAAGGUUUAUGAACACUAAAGAAAAAAAAUGCUUUAAUUCAAUUAAAAGACGUUUAAUAUGCUCUUAAAGUAGCAAUAAAUGAAAAAACUUUCAUGCUAAAAAUAAAACAAAACAAACACCUAAUAAUAAAAAUUGUAGAAAUUCAUUGAAAAACAAACAAUGUUUCAAUCGAAAGUUAAGAAUUGGAAUAAAAUUAUUUAUUUAAAAUAUAAUGUAGAUAUUUAGAUACAUUAUUUUUAUAUUUCAAAUAGGUACAACUUUUCCAGGAUCUUAUUUUCAACCUAAUUUUUGAAUAACAUGUACAGCGAAUUUGAACAAAACUUAUUGAUGUUGAUCGUUUUCCAUUUUCAACAAUUUUUAAA